CUGAUACAGAUAAAGAUCAAAUGGACUUGAUCAACUUUUGCUUGACAAAUGAAAAAUUGCAUGCCGGAUAUGUUUAUUAUUACUUUUAUUGUCUGCUUUCAAAAGAGUUUGGAAAUCAUUGAAGACUCUUCCAAGUAAUGUUGUGUGUGCGACACUCCAGUGGCAGCGCUCACGUGAUGGCGAGCAGGCCGAGGCCGCUGAGCGAGCCGUGUGUCCGCUCCUCCUUCGUGGCCACGCGUCACUGCAGGCAAGGAGUUCAGCAGCAGGAGCGACUGUCCUGUCAGCGCAUGUCCGAGGUCAACUCCUACGACUCGGCCUGCUGCCUCGCCAACCCUCCGGAGGAAGAAGGCGAAGGCGAGGAAGACGGCGAGCGAUGGACUCAAGGCUCCCCCGGCAGCGUGGACUUUGAUUCUGGCUACUCGGAGGCCUCUUGGCAGGACGAAGGUGUGGUUCUGAGACGGGCAAGAAACGUCAGGGUGUCCGCGUCCGCCUGCCUGCGCACAAACACGGGCCCUGCGGGCCGGGUGCGCCCCAAAUCCACUUCAGACGCCUGCUUGGAGCGCUGGACUUCCUUUGAGGCCAGCGAGCCGGAGGACUGGACCGCGUCCUUGCUGAGCCGCAGCCGGAACAGACAGCCUCUGGUUCUUGGGGACAACAGUUUUGCAGAUCUGAUCAAGAACUGGAUGGACCUCCCAGAGUGUCCGGACCAGGUGGAACUAAAGCCCAGCGUUGGGCGACGUCUGGCCAAAGACAUUUUAAUCAACAUGAGGCGCAGACUGGCGAGCGUGUCCAAAAGUGUGGACAUGAGGCCCAGGGCGGGACAGACUAAUGAAGCCCCCAAGCGCAUGUCCUGCCCAGUGGGACACCCACGUCUCAAGCCUUUCUUCCACCAGUCCCACACGGGCAUUCACGCGCUCGACUCAGACUGGCAUCAUUUCACCGCCCUCAUGAAGACGGGCAGUCGACAGCCCAUAAUAUGCAACGACAUCAUCACCUACAUAUGACUCAUCAUUCGACUGACAUUUUCCACUAAAUCAGCAUCCUUCUUUUUUAUCUUAAAAAGCAAUAAAAACAUUUCCUAUAAAAGUA